AUGGCACAGAACAGCUUAGUUCAGGGACACCCCAUGGUGAAGCUGAAGAAAUCUGGAAACGAAGAUCAGAAGUUUGUGAGCCCUGAUCUGAUCCCACGUCUGCUGCUGGCUUUCUGCAUUGGUUAUGAUCAUUCAAGAGUGAGAUUGCAGCUGCUGGAUGGGGACCCUCACUCUGACUACAUCAAUGCCAAUUACAUAGAUGGGUACCACCGGCCUCGCCACUACAUUGCAACUCAAGGGCCGAUGCAAGAGACAGUGAAGGAUUUCUGGAGAAUGAUUUGGCAAGAAAACUCUGCAAGCGUUGUCAUGGUCACCAACUUGGUGGAAGUGGGCAGGGUAAAGUGUGUUCGAUACUGGCCAGAUGACACAGAGAUCUAUGGAGAUAUUAAAGUCACGUUAAUUGAGACAGAACCAUUGGCAGAGUAUGUCAUACGCACGUUUACUGUACAAAAGAAAGGCUACCAUGAGAUCCGAGAGAUUCGGCAGUUCCACUUCACUAGCUGGCCAGACCACGGGGUUCCUUGCUACGCCACGGGCCUCCUGGGCUUUGUUCGCCAGGUGAAGUUCCUCAAUCCCCCAGAAGCAGGACCCAUCGUUGUGCACUGCAGUGCUGGGGCUGGCAGAACAGGGUGCUUUAUUGCCAUCGACAUCAUGCUUGACAUGGCAGAGAACGAAGGUGUGGUGGAUAUAUUUAACUGUGUGCGAGAGCUGCGAUCCCAAAGGGUCAAUUUGGUGCAGACAGAGGAGCAGUAUGUGUUUGUCCAUGAUGCCAUUCUGGAGGCAUGUCUCUGUGGCAACACGGCCAUUCCAGUCUGUGAGUUCAGAUCCAUAUAUUAUAACAUCAGCAGGCUAGAUCCACAGACCAAUUCCAGCCAGAUAAAGGAUGAGUUUCAGACUCUCAAUAUCGUGACACCGCGUGUCCGGCCAGAAGAUUGCAGCAUUGGUCUUUUGCCAAGGAACCAUGACAAGAACCGCUGCAUGGAUGUGUUGCCCCUGGACCGGUGCCUGCCUUUCCUCAUCUCCGUGGAUGGUGAAUCAAGUAACUACAUCAAUGCUGCACUCAUGGAUAGCCACAAGCAACCUGCUGCCUUUAUUGUAACCCAACACCCUUUGCCCAACACCAUAGCAGACUUCUGGAGGCUGGUGUUUGACUAUAACUGCUCCUCGGUUGUGAUGCUGAACGAGAUGGAUGCAGCACAGCUCUGCAUGCAGUACUGGCCAGAGAAGACAUCCUGUUGUUAUGGCCCAAUUCAAGUAGAGUUUGUUUCAGCAGACAUUGAUGAAGAUAUCAUCAACCGGAUAUUCCGGAUCUGCAACAUGGCCAGGCCUCAGGAUGGAUAUCGCAUCGUUCAGCACCUGCAGUACAUUGGCUGGCCAGCGUACAGGGACACCCCUCCUUCCAAACGCUCCCUCCUGAAGGUGGUCAGGAGGCUGGAGAAGUGGCAGGAGCAGUACGAUGGGAGAGACGGACGGACUGUUGUCCACUGCCUGAACGGUGGGGGACGCAGCGGCACCUUCUGCGCCAUCUGCAGCGUGUGCGAGAUGAUCCAACAGCAAAAUAUCAUCGAUGUGUUCCACAUAGUGAAAACGUUACGGAAUAACAAAUCCAACAUGGUGGAGUCCCUGGAACAAUAUAAAUUUGUAUAUGAGGUUGCACUGGAAUACUUGAGUUCCUUCUAGCCCAGCGAAGGGAGGAGAGCCUCCGAAAUGCCAGACCCCAAUCUCUGGCAGGCACUUCUCCCCUCUCCCACACUAGAAGAAGGUGACAAGUGUGGGAAGGAAAACCUCUCCUUCCUGGAGCAAGAGACUGGGAUUGCACAGACCUCGCUGGAAGGAGGAGACGAUGCCUGUGUUUGCUGCUGCCUGCUUUCUAUCGGAACAUCUACUGCUUCUUAAAUAACCUACUGUAAAAAUUAGCAAAAUGGGAGACAGGCUGAAAGACUGGACUUUCUAAUCCCCUCUGACUUCUUCUCUCCUCUUUUGGAUUGUAUUUUUGCUCUCUUUGCUGCACAGUGGGGAAAGAAUGAAACCCUUAGCAAAUUCUCUUUUAAAUAUCUCCUUUUUUAAUUUAUAAUUUUGUUCUCAAAUCCCAGUCUUUAAUUUCUGAAUUUCAUGCAGCAGUCAUUUGGGAAAAUUGAGAUAGCCAUAGGGGAUGUAGGAAACGUUCCAUUACAACUUGUCUAUCUUAUGUGUUUCCUUUUAUUUUUUUUUCCAAUGAAAAG